AUGAAUACACGAACCACAUUAAAUUUAACAAAUACACCAAUUAGUGCUCUUCAACUGACUCCCAAGCGUCGAAAUCAGCAGCAAACAAUAACAAAAUCACAACAUCAACGACGAUUUACGUUAGUGCCAUCAAUACAACAACAAAUUUUUUUGUUACCAUCCCAGUCAACGUCCACGUUAUCCGAAACUUCGUCUACAUCCUCUCAUUCACCUUCACCGUCGAUUACUCAAAUAAAUUUACAAAAUAACUCGACAAUGAUAGACAACAAUGAUAUAUUAGAAUUAGAAGAAAUGAGAACAAAACAAAUCGAAAUCGAAAAUAAAUUUUUAUCCAAAAUACCAAAUUUCAUAUCACCGGAAGACACAAAUAUUACUGAUUUCAUUUCAACAGCUGAAAAUAUAUUUGAUAAAUUAAAUUAUUCAGAUGACACACGUGUACAUAAAAUUGGUGAUAAAUUAGAUGAAACAUUACAACAAUGGUAUAAACAUUUUACAAAAACAAGUAAGCCAACAUGGAAUAAUUUUAAAGAACAGUUACCCACUUGUUGUGAAAUAAAUACAAAUGAAAAUCAACAACAACAAUCAAAUGAUUCAGACGAGGAAUUUACAUCACUAUUAGAUCUUAUACGUCCACAAGUUCAUCCAUUUACAGGUGAAGAAGAUGCAACACAUUGGUUUACACAAAUUGAUUCAAAAUUAUAUGAAUUGAAUUUAACAUUUCAAGAUCGAAUUGCAAUCAUUCCAUAUCUAUUAAAAGGAAAUGCAAUCAUUUGGUACAGUUUAAACAAAGCCAGAAUCAAUUGUUACAUUGAUUUUUGUCAAUUGUUUGCUGAAGAAUAUAUUAAUAAACAACAAUCAUCUUCAUGUGAUAAACCAAAAUUAAAUCGAACAACAAAUUCAGUUAUAAUUAAAAAAUCCGCUGUUGGAUUAGCUGGCAUGCCGACGAUCGCGGAAAUGUCAGCGUCCUCUCACGCCACAAGAUGUGGAGUAGUUGCCGGUCCAUCAUCCCUGUCCCCAGUCAUAUCUAAAGCAUUGUUAGAUAAAUUUGUAAAAGACCCAAUCAAAUUUAAUGGUGGUAAAGAUAAUGUGCAUACAUGGCUAGAAGAAAUUGAACAACAGUUUAAAAUUAUGAAAUUAGAUAAUUCAGACAAAUUAAAUUUAAUUCAUAUUUGUCUUAAGGGAGAAGCACAACAGUGGUACAAACAACAUAAAGAUCAAAUUGAUACAUGGCCAAUAUUUAUUAAUGAUCUGAUAAAAGCAUUUACAUCAAAUUUUAAAAGAGAUUUAGCAUUUCAGAAAUUAAAACAAUAUCAUCAAACAGUUAAUCAAUCAGUCAUACAAUAUUAUGCAGAAAUGAUGAAAGUAAUUAAACAAGCUGACCCAGACAUGAAUGAAUCUACCAAAGUACAAUAUCUAAUGAAUGGGUUACGACCAUCACUAUCAAUUGAAACAAGAAGGAAUUAUCCAACAACAACACAAGAAUUUUUACAACAGGCUCAGAAGGCAGAAGAACUAACGGCAAUCAGUACCAUAACGACGUCAGAUUUAGUUACCACAGACGAUUUAUCAACAGCUUCUUCUCUUCUACAUCAUCAACCAAAGUAUUGGUCAUCACGCGGUCGACCAAAUAGAAGCAAUGGAUCGUUUUCAGCACAACAAUACCAGUCGUCCGAUCAACCACGUUAUAUACCAUCAACACGAAAUAUUCAACAGCAACCAUCUUCUACCAUUUCAUCGUCAAUUAAUAACAAUAAUCAACGACUCAGACCAUGUUUUAAUUGUGGAGCCACCAAUCAUUUGGCUCGUGAUUGUCGCCGUUUCGGGCAGCAGAAUCAAUGA